GGUAAAUUCCAACUAAAAACAUUUUUUUCUGUUAUUCUAACAGCAGCAAUUUUUUAAAUGCUUUGAUUUGUUUCAGGCCUGGGUACUGUUAAAACUUUCCCAUUUAAACUUUCAAGGAUACUUUUUAAUCCCUACCUUCCAGGGGUUUGAGAUACAGACAUUUGCAGCUCCAGUGUUUGCAAAACUGAGGAGUUCACUUGACAUCACAGAGGAGGAAUAUAUCAACUCCGUCUGCAUUGAUGGCUGCUACCUCCAGUUUGUCAGCAACUCUAAAAGCAAGGCAGAUUUCUUCGUCACAGUUUAAAAGUUGUGUGCCAGACCUGAACUGCCACAGACUGUGGUAGAGAAACGGCAACCUGCGUGUUACCAAACACAGCACAUCUGACUCCACCAGGUCAGACAAGUAAUCAACCUUUAACCAUGGUUUCAAUCCUGAACCGAUCAAGUUUGCUCUCCCAUAUUUUCAAUGCAUGUGUGGAAUUGGAGAAUUUUGUCAACUUUGGCAGUGAACAUGAAAAGACAACAACAACAACAACACUGACAUCCAACAGAUUGUCUGGUGAUGAGGUUGACAAGGUUUUGCUUGGUUUUAGGAAUGACAAGCGGUUCUUCUUAAAGACCCAGAGCAGACGUGAGGUCAGGUUUCUCCUGUCCAAUCUGCAGGCAUAUAUGGGCCACCUAGAGAAAUACCCUCACUCACUGAUGGUGAGAUUUCUAGGUGUCCACCGGAUUGUUAUUCCAAAUCAAAUAAAGAAGUAUUUCAUUUUGAUGCAGAGCGUGUUUUACCCCGAUGAGAGGAUCAAUAUUCGAUAUGACAUCAAAGGCUGUGAAGUGGGUAGAUGGACUAACCCUGACACGGGGGGGAAACAAAUAAUAAAAGUGCUGAAGGAUAAUAACUUCGAAGGCCAGCACAUUGCAUUAGGUCAAGGGAAAUCCUGGUUUGCCGAUCAAGUGAAAGUGGAUGCUGCCUUUCUUCAAGAGCUUAAUGUACUGGACUAUAGUCUCCUGCUGGCCCAACAACCUCUGCACCAAGAUGAGCUUGAAGGAAAACACUCUUUGGCAAAUAUUGUUGUUCGUGCCCAAAAGUCUUUAGACUUGGACGUUAGUCCAACAGAGUCAUACCCCCCCACCCUUCCAUUGCUGUCAGAGACCCAGGGUGAGAUUGUACCAGAUACUCCAGACUGUGGGUCAGGCCAGCCACAUGCAGCAGCUGAGCACACUAGUGAAGGGAUCCCCCUCCAGGAGAUCAACUGCUUCACGAAAGAAACCAGGAAUGAUUCAGUAAUGCAGGAUUUUCACCAGCAUCAUCAUAGGCUACUGCUCAACUGUAAAAAUGCCAUUCAUGUAGUUGACGGGCCAGACCGACGCUACUUUGUGGGCAUUAUAGACAUUUUUACUGUGUACAACUGGAAAAAAAGACUGGAGAACCUGUGGAAAAGCCUCCGCUACCCAGGCAGGGCCUUUUCCACGGUUAGACCAGCAGUGUACUCACGCAGGUUCUGCCAGUGGUUACAGGAUCAUUCUCAGUGACAAAAUGCAGAAACCAUUGAUCACUGACAAAAACAGGACUUACUAUAUAAACCUCAGUUUCCACUGAAUGGGGCUGUGACUCCUUACCUCUGUCUUGGAGGUAAUGUCUUCAUCCCAGUCCAUUUGUUUGUAUGUUAUGUCUGCCAAGGAGGUUAUACAUGUUGGUUGAUUUGUUGUUUUGCCUGUUUAUUUGGAUAUAUCAUGGAUCUUGAUGAAAAAAAAAUCUGGCAUAUUUAGUGGAGUAAUAUCUAUGAGUUUGUGCAAUUUGGUGUGGAUUCAUUGAAUUCAAGGGGACUGUUGGACGUUGGUGGAGGUGGAGAUAAGAGUCAUUCGAAGUCGGGUUCUGUCGCAGCUAUUGGAGACAAUCUGCUGCCAUUGCAUGAGCAGCUCCUGUCUCUGAAGUGUAUAAUUCGCUUUGAAUAUAGAAAUGACAAAAAAGUCAAUACAACUCACAGUGAUACUCUCCAUGUGUCAAAUUGCUUUGAGUUGUUUUGUCUGCUUGAAGAUGCUUUUGAAGUGUGUUCUUACAUGACCAUUUGAACAUACAUAAAGCACUUUUUCUUCGUCCUGCUUGGACACCUGUAGCGUGUGAAUGAGAAGCAUGACUGAUAGACAAAGUGAUACAGUACAUAGAGUAUGAUUGUAUGAAUGUGUGUACAAAUGUCAACUGUUCUGUAAAGUACUUUGAGUGAUCAAUAAGACUAGAAAAGCGCCAUAUAAAUAAGUCCCAUGUAAUAAUAAUUAUAGCAGUGACACUGGAACAUUAUUCAUUAUUGUCACAUCAGUGUAAAUGGACAACACAAUCUGACAGACUGUCCAAAUUAUAGUGAGACAAGACAAGUCAGUAGAUAUGCUUACCAUGAUGGAACCAUGAUGGAGACAUGACUGACCGGUGACUCAAACAAAAUGUGACAGCACCAUCCAGUGGACAUCUGGUUUCAGAGUGAAACCAGUCAAUAAAUAAAUAAAGACUGCAUGUUUGUAGAAUAGAGCAGGAGCCCUAUGGCACAGGCAAUGUAGACAGAUGCUGGGGGAGGGUAUUUCCUAUUUUUCACUGGGCUAGUGCUAUUUUUUUUUACCUUGUACUGUGUGAAAUUCAUAUAAAAAUACAAUUUGUAAAGUA